UUCGGGUGUGAACUCGUCUUCAACGUGUGAAUCAUCGAGCCGGAGCUGGAUAAAGCUUCUGGCUCCGGCACCGCGAGACGGCUUCCACCUCGGAUUCUUGCACUUUGUUCCUCUGGAUGGUUUCCUUUGAUGGUGUGAUCGAGUGGAUCGUGCUGCUGUUGGACCUGGCUUGAUCUCUUGCAUCGCGAGUCACCAUGAGCUGCUGGCUGUUCCUGCCUCUGUUGACCAGUAUUGUAUCCAUCGCGGGAACGUGGACAGUGUAUGGAAUUGCCCUGGCAAAUGAGCAUGUAUGUCCGUUAUACAACAGGGUGUACAAUCGAUCCUGUUCUGUUCCUUCCUUGGAGAAAUGCUGUGCAAUUCAAAACAUGCCAUUCGUAAGCACCAGUGGCAUGAACCUCCCUGAAAACUCCCUCUACAGUGCAGUGCUCAACGCAGUGUCUGUUCUAUUCGCCAUAGUGUGUAUUUUUCGACACGCUCAGGUAGUGGACCGAAAAGUGGAUGAUGCUGCAUUAAGUAAGGUUGCUAUGAUUGUUGGCUUCUUCGGUUCCGUGGGAGGCUUCAUUGCUGGAAACUGUAACCCAUCAGUUCUCAUGGUACUGCACUACUUCGGAGCCUCACUGUGUUUUGUCAGCGGUUGUAUUUAUUGCGUAUUACAGACUACCUUAACAUUCAGGCUAUGUAUAACAGGAAAAGAGUGCUUCCUGGUGCCGAUACGUGGCGUGCUGAGCAGCCUACAAGUGAUCUUUUCUAUCAGUUAUUUGGCAUUUUUUGUCCAUCCAGAUCUCUCAAAACAGCACGUUGGAGCCAUUUGUGAAUGGAUCUUAGCCACAAACUUCUAUGUUUUUAUCCUGCUGUUUACCUUUGAAUUUUAUCACAUUACCUCUGCGGUUCUCCUCGUAUUGAUCGGCAGGCCGGAUGAUGAGAAAAUUGCAAUUCUGUCAGAACCCAGAGGUACAGACCUGGCUAUGUUCACCAAGUAGAAGCAGAACGUACAGAGGGGCUGAGCAAUAAUGGGCAGUUGGAACCAUCAGAUUCUCCCUGUGAUUUAGAUUAUGUAUUGUCAGUCUUGAUUGUCUCUAUCAAAAUGUUUGUUUGUUUUUGUCUUUGGAAUUGACUGAUUUCCUUCAAACUCCCACUUUUACACAGCGCAAGGCUGUGAGACAUGUCAUCUCAACAUUCCUCUAUAAUGUGCCUCAAUAAUACUCAGCUACUAAAUGUAAAGUAAUUAAGUAAAAAUAGUUCGUUUUAUUAAGUAUUGUGCUGCACUUUAUUUCCGUACCCUUUGCCUAACACUGCACUCCUCCCCCCUCCAUCCAUACUCCACAAUCCAAGAAAGAUAUAGAAAAAUGUUGGGGAACUCCUAGCCCUCGUACAUCAGUUUCAUUCAUCUUCUUUAGAAGGUUCCUAGAAGAAGUGCCAUUUGACUUUGAGGUUGCUCUACCACUGGAUUGGGUCAAUUGAAAGAUGAGGAAGGCAGAAAGAUGGUAACUACUAUCUUUUUCUUCCAGUUUCCCUGAAGGUUCUGGCCUUUUGUAACAAGCUUCUUUCGUGGUUGUCUUCAAGACUGCAGUAGUAGGUGCCAUUGCUACUGGAGGGGCCCAAUCAGGCUGGUGGUGCAGGUGUUGGGUGAAGUUGUUGAGGGUUGCAGGGCAGGUAGAUAAUUGAGCCCAAUUUCUCUGAAAACUGCUUCAUUUUGUUGCCUCGAGUGAGAGGAUGGUAGCCAUGACUGCUAAAGGAAGUAAUUUCUCAGGGUAUUUUAAACAGGCAAGUGCACUUGCAGUUGACCAGCUCCUUCCUUUGAGGCUGCCAUCGUUAGAGAGUUAGAAUGGAAGUGAAAAGUCUCUCAGAUUUAUUCUGGCCUCCAGUUAAUCAGCACUUAAAGAAACCAUCAAAGGGGUUCAACUGUAUUGUGGAAGAAGGAAAUUUAUGAAGGAGCAGAAGUUUCCCAUUGUAGCACAUCACUGCCUUGCUGCUAAAGAAGUUGCCAGCCCAAUUCAUCCCCUCCUAAUACAGAUGCUCUGCUGUGCAGAUUCUCUCAAGGCGGGGUGUAUUUUUAAAUCAUAUGUGUUUUUGGUAAUGAUAAUAGCAGUCAUGUUUGAGUUCCCCAUUCCUGUUACCACACAAUGAUACAAAGGAGGCUCUGUUGGCCCAUUGUACCAGCAUUUUGCAUGAGCUAAGCAAUAAUCUGCACCCAUCUUCACCAGUAGCUCAAAUAAAUCCACCUCCCCUUCAGACAACACCUUCCAAAUUAUAAUAACUCAUCAUAUAAAGGCUACCAAACAACUUACACCAACAAUCAGCAGUCUCUUAACACUCGACUCCACACUUCUGGGAAAAGUCAAAUGCCCUAAAUCUCAGGUAAAUCACUUAUGAUUGCACUGAAAUCUGGAUGUGCCUUCCAAAUUAGGAAGUCGGGAGAAUAAAAUUGAAUUAAUUUUUCCUUUCAUUUUAAUGGCUUGGGUUUUAUUGUAUGCACUCAGAGCAUCGAAAAUGUACUGUACUAUUUGUAGUUCUGUGUCAUGUUCAGCUUUCCAAAUUGCAAGAAAUAAAUUCAGCACUGAUGCUACAAAGCUAGCUGUCUGCUCGAUUCUGUGCCGUGGCCUUGUGCCUCGCCAUCUGUUAUCUUCAUCCUUUCCUUAUAAGAUUAAUGAUACUUGGUUCACUGCUUACUCCUAAUCCACUGCGUUCUCACCUUUAAAUGUGUAGCUGCUCUAAGAUAGCGAACUCUGGCUUUCCUUGGAAUAACUACUGGUAGCAUUCAUACAAUGUGAUUGUAAAGUCACUGACAAUUGUGACUCAGUGGAUUUUCUGAGCCGCACAUUCAAGGGUUCAUUUGCCAUAUCAUUUGAACAUGAGGUCUUGGCUGGUGCUUCUACAGAGGGAGUACUCCACAGUCAGAGCUUCCAUUCACUGGAGGUUCUAAACCAAGUCUUUUGAGUUAAUAUUAAGCUUCUUUGCCACUAUUCAGAAAUAAACCAAGAAGAUUUAUAAAUAAACUAAGCAAUAGUCACCACUCAAUCAAUUUCAUGAACCUUGGAUUAGACAGGGUUUUUGUGCCAUGUUCACGGUUUAUUUGCUCAGUUCUGUAAAUUCCACCUGGGCUCACUGUGACUACGAUGGACAGCAGCACACAUUCAGGCUUGUGUCAAAACAGCAGGAUACAGGUUUUAAUGUCACUCGCACAAAAUUCAUUUGUGCAGUUUUGUCCCAUCAGUGAUGUGGACUUUACUUGUGAGUUGGCCUAUGUUGGCAUCACUUUAGGAGAUACCCAUGCUCUCCCACUGGGCCUGACACAUUCAUCGUCUUGAAGUAGUAUUCAGUCCUCACUGCCAAUGGGCUUAGGACCUGCUUGUGCAUUUAUGCAGCACCCUGCGCCCCCUCAGGUCCCAGUACAAUCACGUAACUGACACUACUGCCAUUGGACAGGAGGUACAGAAGCCUUAGGUCCCACACCAUCGGGUUCCAGUAUAGUUAUACCCCUAAACCAUCAGGCUCCUGAACCAAUGUGGAUAACUUCAUUCGCCCUACUCCGAAUUAAUUCUACAACCUACAUACUCACUUUCAGGGACUCUUUACAACUCAUGUUCUCAUUUUUUUGUUUGUACAAUUUGUUUUUUUUUGUACUUUGGCAGUCUUUGUUUAUGUACAAACGUAUAUUUUUGCAUAAAAUGUUAAUGUAUUUCUUUUUUCCUGUAAAUGCCUGCAAGAAAAUGAAUCUCAAGGUAGCAUC